AUGAUUUUAUCUGAUGAUGAAAGAUAUUCAUUUGUGUGUAAUGGCUUCUAAGGUAUAUUAAUAAUGAAUAUUGAGAAUAAAACGUAACCUGUACUUUUGAGCUAGCAGCCCCUUGAUGGUUGGGCUUAAAGUGUGAUUUCGAUAUUUAACUAAAGUUAUCUCCUUGCUACUUAGAUAGAAAAAGGUGAAUUAGUCAUCAUUAAUAUUGAAGAUUUAGAAAACCCUUACAUUUAAUCUAAGCUGCAAUUUCCAGAUGAAAAUUCAAAUAGCGUUUGUUUGACGCCAGAUCAAAAAAGUGCUUAUUUUAUUGGAAAUAAAGGAUUAAGGCAGAUACCUACUUCUGUGAACUUGAUAAUACACACUUAAUUAUAACUUCAACAAACUGAUAAGAGCGGAAAUAGUUACUUCAAGGAUUUAAGUAUAGGUUAAAGUCUAUUGGUUGGAUAAACUGCCUAAAUAUUUUUUAUACCUCUUUAUAUAUAAGUUCAGGUAAAUAUAAGAAAUGUAUUCUAUUAUAGAAAUUUCUAGAUUCAAACUCUCCCUAAUUGGAUAACAUAUAUUCCUCAAUAUAAUUAACUGCUAAUUUAAGUUGAUAAAUCAGGUACUUUUAAUAAUUUCUCAAAUGAAAAAAAAGGUGAAAAUAUUCUGAUUUUAGAGUGCUUAAUUCAAUUAAACGCAUAAAAUUUUGUCACUUAAAACAUCAAGGCAUCAGUUUCUUAGUAAAUCUUUAGUACUUUAAUAAAUCAAGGAUAUAUAGACAAUUAAGGUUUUUUAACAUCUAAACUUGACCCUAAAAUAGAUUUUUAUUUAGAUUUUUUUGACGAUGGAAGCUUCUCUUAAAGUAAUGUAGGAACUCCAAAUAUCCUAUUAGGUUUUUUAUUUAAAGCUCCUUAAAAUUCAACUAUAAUUUAAAGAAUUUUAAUGAAACAAGUUUGA